ACUUACAACGCUUUCAACACGUACUCACAGCCCUCUUGUCUCGUUCUCCAAGAACACCCCCACUCGAUACGAUGGCUGGUCGCGGCAAGGGCAAGACCUCUGGCAAGAAGGCCGUGAGCCGCAGCGCCAAGGCCGGCCUGCAGUUCCCUGUGGGCCGCAUUGCGCGCUACCUGAAGAAGGGCAAGUACGCCGAGCGCAUCGGUGCCGGCGCGCCCGUGUACCUGGCCGCCGUGCUGGAGUACCUGACUGCUGAGGUGCUGGAGCUGGCCGGCAACGCCGCCCGCGACAACAAGAAGAACCGCAUCGUGCCCCGCCACAUCCAGCUGGCCAUCCGCAACGAUGAGGAGCUGGGCAAGCUGCUGGGCGAGGUGACCAUCGCGUCGGGCGGUGUGCUGCCCAACAUCCACGCCGUGCUGCUGCCCAAGAAGACCAAGGGCGGCAAGGGCGAGGAGACUGCCUAAACGCCUGGCCUCGUGUACCCAUACCCCCAAAACAACAAACUCGGUGUUUCUCAACACCACCAUUUCCUGGUCGAGGGGUUAUUGGGUUUGGAAUCGGGGCUGGUGAGAGAGGCAAUUGCUGUGGGUUACAGGAUGGGCUGCCGAAACUUCUGUGCACAUUCCCAUGACAGGGAGCCCUGGGCCACAAGCCAGGUUGGUCCUCCAGAACAGCCAACGCAUGCUGCACGCACUGCCUGCCUGGGCAGUCAGUAAAGACGCUGGCGUGGAGCCAUGCGCCAGGAACCUGCCGCCUGCGCCGUCCAACCACAGUCAGGGUCCAACCGGCCCUCCCACGCACGUUAAGGGGCGUGACGGCCGCAGGGCCGUGCUUCUGCUACUUGUGUUUGUUGCGUCGGUGCGUGUGGGAUACCGCUGCUUUGACACGGUCCUCAGCGACUGUUGUGCCUCGCACGUGACAGCUUUUGUUCGGGGUUGCGCACCAGAGGGAUGUGUGAUGCAGCGAGAGAGCACCUGGCUCGGGGUUCCCAAAACUCAU